AGGGGGAUCUUUCCUGAGCCUACCCAUAUAAUCCUCCAUCUGUUUGUUUUUUCUGGUGCCGGAAGAUCUGCUUGUGAUGGAAGGAGAAGCAGCAAUACAGUCACAGAACCAGACAAAGAUGAAAUCAUGGACGGUGUAAAUAUUGACGCACUAAUUAAGUAGUUGUAUCUCCAUCUCCGUUUUUUUUUCUUGAUUUGAGCGCGAUAGCUGAUGCUUAGGGACCGAUUACCACUGAAUUCACCGACAUUCCACUUCGAAGUCAAUCAUCAACACAGGACGACGCAAAAUUUUGAUGGAAAGCCACCAAUAACAAUAAGAAAGGAGUUGAAGUAGAAGCUUACUUUGAGAUUAGUACAAGUUGAAGUUGAAGUAGAAGUUCGAAAGAAGUUUGAGAUUACUACAACAAGGAGGCAUCAAGUUUCCUUUAUUAAGAAUUCAACAAGAAAAGGAAAACUGAGAAUCGUACGGAACUUCGCACCGCGUUCGGACUGCUUCUUGGACCUUGGCAUCCUCAAUUCGUUCUACCGCCGCACAAACAGGGGGAAAUGCCGGUAUUUAAAUCUGCUAAUCUGCCUCUGCACAGUAGUUGUUCUGCAUGAGAUGAUCUUUACUGCAUCUUCUGGAUAGUUUUGUUAUUCUUCUUUCAAAUUUCAAAGAGAGAUCCAACAAUUCUUGAAAAAAAAAAAACAGAUCUUCAAGAACGAAUCCACGAAGAAGAAGGAGGCCGACGAAAAGGCGGCGAUGGACCGCCGCGUGUCCUAUCGCACGAACAUCUCAUGCCACUCCACACUCACUUCGAUCUUUGCAAAGUCAUACCUGUCAUGCAAUAUAUAUAUGACCAAGACCACAUGCAUAGGAAUUGGAAAUGUUUUUUUUGCAAUCGGUUCUGGCCCUCCCUGAUUAUCUAAAUUGGAUCUGCAUCUGGCAUUCAGUACAAUCUCUGUCGUUCUGGCAUUACGACAGAAACUACAUGCAGAUACACAGCUCGGGCAGUGGGUAUGGAGUGCAGGCCAUUUUUGGAAGGAUAUCAAGGGGGUGGAGGAGCAGAUCGGCGGUCUUAAUUUAUCAAAUUGAAAAGAGUCCCCACCUUGUAACUGCAACGUAUCGCUCCCAUGAACAGCCGGAGUUUUGUUGUGUCCUAUUGAUAGGCCUUUCUAUUUGAUAUCAUUGCCCCUCAGCCUUUUAUUCAUUUUCACCACAGGUCAUAGUCUUUCUCAAUUUUUGCGACUUGUUAUUUGUUUUGCACGAUAGAAAGGCCGAUUUACGAUUUUGAUGAGUAGGUAAGUAACUGUUUGGCUACUAAAAAGAAACAGAAAUAACCCAAAUUGAGUGAUAAUGUACAUGAACACCUUGUUGUUGUUUUACGAGCAUGCGCAACACAGAGGAAAUUUUGUCCAGCAACCAUUAGAGACCCUAGCUGUUUCGUAGGUACGUAUUUGUUCAGGGGUGGGGACUCUUUUUGACAUAAUAUUCCUCUGGACAAGAAGAACUUGCAGAUGGGAUGAAUAAGAUGGCCGAUGGGAUGACGAUAUGCAUUGCAAAUUUGUCUGGGUCUGGAAAGAUGCAAACUUGUGAUGCGUAUCACAGUGCACACAAGAAUCUGUCAUGCGUGGAGAGCAAAAAGCGCCCACAUCUCGCCACGGAAAGACGGGAUCUGUCAUGCGGAUUAGGCAUUGAAUUUGAAGGACCUUCUCAAAACCUGUGAUGCUAGGGCUUGCAUGGCAGACUUUCUGGCAUGCAAAAACAGCAUUACAAAUAUGUGCACUUAUCCAGACCCAGACACUUUUGCAUUCGAUAGGCGGAGUUGUCCCAACAGCUCCAUGCGGGAUUGCAGUUAAACCGGGAAGAAAUCCAGCAAGAAGCCGCAGAGUUGCGGGCCGAUCUGCGCACCGGGCUGGCCGCGGCGGACGCCAACACGGAGGCGCUUACUCAUUGGAAAACGUCUCCGUCCCAUGGCUGCGACGCAAGUGAAGCCUGUCGGUGUAAGUAAACUGCCCUUCAUGUUGCGCAGCCCGACUGGGGGCGCGCGUUGCUGAUGUUUUGGAAUUUGUUAUGCUUGAAUCACCGUAAGCUGGCGCAUCUGUGAUGCUGUUGCACUGCUUACCUAAGCAUAAUUACACUACGAUCCCGAAUUUGUCAUGCGCAUAGCCAAAGGGGAAGCGGAAAAGCUGUUGACCUGUCUAGCAUAUGCAUUGCAAAAGUAUCGUACUUCUAGCAUAAAUUGCAUUACCAAUUUUAUCAGAAAGAAAAAUGUAAUUUGUAAUGCUAAUUUAGGUAAGAAGGCAGGUUUGUCAGGCAAGACCAAGAUUGCAUUUGCAGUUAGUACGAGUGCGAUACUUUUGCACUGGAUAUAGCAGACUUGUUCCCAGCCUGACUGUGGGGCGGGGGCGUUUUUGCUGAGGAUGGCGAUGCGACAGGAGCUGCACACCAACGUGGCCGAGAUGACCACGUACGCCGAUCAGAGCGCGGCCUCAGCCGUCCAGACGGCGACCGAGUACACGGACGCCCAAGUGGCGGCGCAGCGGCGUAUCCACUACAAACGUGCGCAGUCCCGCAAAAGUUUGGCAGGCUGGUCCCGUCGACAACAUCGGCCGCACUCCGGUCUUCUUACUCCCGUGCGGCAUACAGGCAGACAGCAUACGAGGUUCAUUGCAGAUUGAUUCGCCCGCGUAGUUCGCAUGAUUCAACGGCUUGCAGCAUGGCAGCAAGACCGCCCAGCACCGCUCUUCAUGCGUUGCUCACAGGUCAUGUUGCCACAAGGAAAGUCAUAUAUCAUGUCAUCACAAACAGGGACCCGCACACUUUUCCAAUGCAUACGUCAGUUAUUGGAGGCGGAGAUGAAAAAGCGCGAGGACGUAUCAAAUGCAAUAUGUAUGUAUUGGGCUGUUGAAAAAAUGAACGAGUUGUCAUGCAUCCCACGGACCGCUACCACACUCACCACGUGGCUUUGAAUGCACGCAGAAGUAUCACAGAUCUUGCCAGACCUUUCCCAGGCCUGUCCUCGAUGAGAACUCAGUUUUGUGCCUAGUGAGAUGUGGGCAACUUUUGGCAGCCGUGCAACGCAAAUUUCUUCUGUGACCAAGACUUCGCAUAACAAGCUCCAUCCUUCCAGGCCCAGACAUAUUUUCAAUGCAUAGGAGGAAACCGAGGCUGCUGCGCAGGCCGCGAAAGCGGAGGAGAUCCAGAAAAAAGCCGAGGAAGAAAAGAUCAUAUCCAAUGCAAAUUUGUCUGGGUCUGGAAGAUUACAAGACUUGUCAUGCAGGUUUUCCAUGAUCCCUGAUGUCUAGAGUUCAGGUCCUAGCGUGACAGGUCGUUCUGUGAGGUCUCGAAUAUCAUGCCUAUCCUUCAUGAGAACUUCCGUCUGAACUUGGUCGGAAGUAGACAGCUUUUGCUAAGCAUGCACAACAGAUUUCUGCAUAAUUCAGAGUGAGAAUGACAAGUUGAAGUGUUCAAGACCCAGAAAUAUUCCGUUCGGAAAUCUAAAAAAAUGAACACAUAACUUUACUGCAGUUGCCGUUCUUUUCUGCAGUUGCGCAUGUGCCUCUGCUGAAAAACUUGCAUUCGUUUCCUGGCCCCCGUGGGCAGAAUGCGGCGGAACUGUCGUAAGUGGGGCGAUUUACUUUUUGCCAUUUGCGCAAACACUUUGGGAAGAUGCGCAGCGCUUUUCGAGCCGGGCGACCGGGGGUCAGCCACGAAAAUGGUUGUCGCACGCAGCACGCGCUUUGGCUUUUUACUUCGGAAGGGCGCGAGCGUCUUCUCGUGUUCUGCCUGCGCUCGGAGCCGGGAAAAGCCUUUUGCCUACCGCGCGCACCUAUUUCGGCUCCGUCGUUGGUAGUGGUGAUGGUGUGUGUGUGGUGUUUUGUCGUUUAAGAGCGGGAAAAAAAGUCGGCGUGUUGCGCCCGCACAGGCGCCGUUGUUUUGGUACUUGCCUGCGAUGUCCUUGUCGCGUUCGGCAAUCGAGGGCCGCGGCGGGCCGAAAAAAAAAUGUUGCGCGCUGCGCGCCCGCAGACGCCCUGAUCUGCUUCGGUAGCUGCGGGCCGGAGCGAAAAACUUUUUUCGCGCGCUGCGCGCGCAGGCUCCAUGACCUAGUGUGGGCGCCACGUUCAUAGUCUUUUUUUCGCGUCCAGCAGUCGGGGCCUGGCCGAGCAAAUUAGUUCGCGCGCUGCGCGCGCAGGCGCCCUGACCUGGUACGGGCGCGAUAGAGUUUUUUUUUCACGUCCACCAAUCGGGACUGGCCGAAAAAUGCAAUUUUUAGCGUGCGCCCUGCGCGCGCAGGCGCCCGGACCUGUUGAGGGCGCGACAUUUAGUUUUUUUUUCGCGUCCAGCGAUCGGGGGCUGGCCGAAAAAAAUUUGUCGCUUGCUGCGCGCGCAGGUGCCCUGACCCCGUGAGGGCGCGACGGAAUUUGCUUCACGCGUCCACCAUUCGGGGGCUGGCCGAGAAAAUUUUUAGCGACCUGCGCGCGCAGGCGCUCUGGCCCGGUUUGGGCGCAACGUUUACAAUUUUUUUUGGCGCCCAGCAAUCGGGGGCUGGUCGAAAAAAAAACUAUCGCGCGCUGCGCGCGCAAGCGCCCUGACCUGGUGGGGGCGCGGCUGAGUUUUUUUUACGCGCCCACCAACCAGGGGCUGGCCGAAGGAAAAAAAUUUUUCCCGCGUUGCGCGCGCAGGCUCCCUGACCUGGUGAGGCCGGUAAUUUUUUUGUCGCGUCCGACAAUCGUGGCCUGCCCGAAAAAAAAAAACAAACUGAGCGCCCUGCGCGCGCAGGCGCUCUGACCUGGCGAGGGCGCGACAUUCUUUUUUUUCUUCGCAUCCAGCAGUCGGGGGGAUGCCGAAAAAAGUUUGUCGCUUGCUGCGCGCGCAGGUGCCCUGACCUCGUGAGGGCGCGACUGAUUUUUUUUUACGCGCCCACCAACCGAGGGCUGGCCGAGAAAAUUUGUAGCGCCUUGCGCGCGCAGGGGCUCUGGCCUGGUUCGGGCGCAACAUUCAUAAUUUUUUUUGGCGCCCAGCAGUCGGGGGCUGGCCGAAAAAAAAUUUUCGCGCGCUGCGCGCGCAGGCGCCCUGGCCUGGUGAGGGCGCGGCUGAAUUUUUUUUCGCGUCCACCGAUCAGGGACUGGCCGAAGCGAAAAAAUUUUCGCGCGCUGCGCGCACAGGCGCCCUGACCUGGUGACUCCGCCAAUUUUUUUGUCGCGUCGUCCCAGCAGUCAGGACCUGGCAGAGAAAAGAUUUUAGCGCCCUGCGCGCGCAGGCGCCCUGACCUGGUGAGGGCGCGACAUUCGUGUGUUUUUUUUGCGCGUCCAGCAAUCGAGGGCUGGCCCAAAAAAAUUCUUACGUGCCCACCAAUCGGGGCUGGCCGAAAAAAAAUUCACCACCCUGCGCGCGCGCGUGCCCUGACCUGAUCGGGGCGCGACGUCCAUAGUUUUGUUUUGUGUCCAGCAGUCGGUGGCUGGCCGAAAAAAAAAUUAUUCGCGCGCUCGUUGCGCGCGCAGGCGCCCUGACCUGGUGGGGGUGCGACAGAUUUUUUUUUACGCGCCCGCUCGUCGGGGUCUUGCCGCCGGGAAAAUCUAUUCGCGCGCCGCGCGCGCAGGCCCCCGAACCUGGUGGGGGCGCGACGCAAUUUUUUUUCGCUUCCAGGUGUCGCGGGCUGGCCGAGGAAAAAGCGAUCGCGCGUUGCGUGCGCGCAGGCGCCUUGGCCUUGGAGCGGGAAAAAAUUUUCUGCGUCGCGCCCGGAUGUCGGAGGCCUGGAGGCACCUGGCGCCGAACGUAGGCGCCUGCGUGCGCAGGCUGCUGCGCGCUGCGCGCGGGCGCACCUCAGACCGCGCGCGGCCGCAGAUGAUCCGCUUGUCGACAAGUGUGGGGACGACGACAAGCACUUCAGCAACUGUCACAGCAAGUGGCCCGCUUGUUUUUGUGCGAGUUGCCGCAGGCUCGCCCAAGUUAGUAGAAGGGGCUAAGAAAGUAGGUCUGUGCCUGCUGGCCGUUUUGUUCUGAGAGGAGGGUCGUUGCGUCAGUAGCUCGGGCCCCUAUCUCGCCCGCGUUGGUUUUUGCGUUUCGCAUGGGGAAUAGAUUCUGGGAACCCGCGGAAUCUAUGGGGCACACAGAAAAGGGCGGGAAGGAGACUAGGGAAGGGGGUAGCGACGCAGGUUGGGGGAUCGGGAAGCGACGAGGUUGCGGGGAUGUGGGCGUCGGGAAUGAGGAGGCUGGCAGGCCUGAUCAUGAACUACAAGAAGAUCUUCAACUGCGUGCAGGAGAGCCGAGGAGCUCCUCCCAUGCAUCUCCAGGGUUCUCCAGGACCGGAUCAUUGAGGGGCCCUCCCUUUUCCAGGUAGGGAUCCCGCCUUUUUCAAGGAGGGCUCCGCUCGCCCCCGUUUCGAGAGGGAAGAAGCCCAAGAUGGAGCAUCUCGGCUUCCUCAAGGGGGGGCGGCUAUGGUGGGGCCAUCGUUGGCCUACCUGCGGGUGGGAUUCAUUGUUGCACGCCUUCUUCGAAGGGGCACUCCACUGCAGCCGGUCCUUCGGCAAGAGGCGACUGCAGGCGGCCUUGCAUCAAGACGUGACUGCAGGGGGGCACAUGGCAGGCCCGCCUGCGGCUUCGCAGAAGGCGAGGGCGGCGGGUCUGUAUUGCAGAGCUGGCAGCUUCCACUGCCAAACAGAUGUCCUCGACUGCAGAAAAGAUGGCACUCACUGCAAAAAAGAUGGCCUCCACUGCAAAAAAGAUUGCCUCCACUGCAAAAAAGAUUGGCCUCCACUGCAAAAAAGAUUGGCUCCACUGCAAAAAAGACGCGAAAGGGGCACUAUGGGGGCGUGGUGGGCAGGCCGUUAGCCGUUACUCUUUGUUAAAUCCGUUAACCGUUGCUCUUUCUUCGAUCCGUUAUCCGUUACUCUUUGAAAACAACACUUUCCUGCAGUCCGUUCCAUCUUUUCUGCAGUCAAACAACACUUUGCUGCAGUCGCUGCCUUCAGCAUCAUCUUUUUUGCAGUGCAACUGCAAAAAAGUUUAGUGUUCGAGCUUUUAGGACACGCCGUGCGUUUGAUAGAGGAAGGCGAAGGAAAAAAUCGCAUCGGCAUUCCACCUGAUCACCGCCCGCGAAAUCAUAUGAAAUGCAAAGAUGUCUGGGUCUGAAAGGAUGCGAACUUGUGACGCGGAUUUCACAACACAGACAAAUCUGUCAUGCAUAGGCAGUCAAAGAGAAAGAAAAAGAUGUCCAUUUUCUAUUUCUUUCACGAAAGUGGGGGAUUUGUCGUGCGGUUUAAACAAGAAUGCCAAUGCGGAAGCUUCUCGAAAUCUGUGAUGCUAGGGCUUCCAUGACAGACCUUCCGUGUCAUGCAAAAACAGCAUGGCAUUGGCAAAAAUCUGCACUCUUCCAGACCCAGACACAUGAUUUGCAUUUGAUAGAUCAGAAACAUUCGCGGCGACACGUUGCGCGGCUUCACCGCCACGGAAGUGGCGGCAUGGGACGCCAACCAAUUUAGUAUUACAAUACACUGUUUUAGUUUUUUCUACUGAAGUCGCUGGUUGGGAGCUAUAGAUACAUUGUUUUCGUUUUUUCGUUAGCUUGGGAGCUUGUCUGCGUGGCGCGGUUUUGGUAAUGCCACUUUUUCUUUUUUUCUCGUGUUUCAUGUGUGGCUCUUCUCUCGGAAACAAUGCCCAACAAAAAUAAAUGAACAGCCCUCGAGGCGGCGUACGCGUGGUUGGAGAACGAGAAAUACGAUCCGAACGUCAGUGCUGUAUCGCCUGCAACCCGGGUCCUCCUGUUGCACCUACGUCGUGCCUAGCCUUAUAGUUUUUCUUUCGGUUUAGACAUUUUUGCACCCCGCGGCCAUGUAUCAAAUGCAAAUAUAUCUGGAUCUGCAAGAGGGCGGAGUCUUGUAUUUGUCAUGCAGUUUUUGUUUUUGCAUUUCUUUGCAACAGGGUGGUGGAGAAUGCACGCAGAGCAGGACCAAUUCUGUAGGAGGCUCUUCUUGCCUAGUCUGCUUGAGAAAUUCACCGCCCUCGAGAAAACAAUCGGACAGCUUUUGCUGGUUAUGCACCAUAGAUUUUUUCUGUUCAAGUCCGCAUAACAAGUUGGCAUCCUUCGAGAUUCAGACAUUUUUGCAAUGCAUAUUAUGAAGCGCUAGAACAAUUUAUGAAUAAAGACGAGCAGGUCAUGGUGGAGAGAGUUUCACGCCUUUGGCGGCCGGGCAUGAGAUUGCACAACUCCCUUCCCCCCUCAUUUGAAUAGUAGUUAUUCUCACACCGCAAACUACCUGAAGAGUGAUGCUAUUUUUGCAUGACAAAUCCACAUCCAGAUAAUAGUUCUGUAGGGGCUUAUGCAACUGGUCAUGCAGGCACAGCCACAGGGCUCAGAUAGAAUUACGCACUUUGUCUGACAAACAAUGAGGGUCAGGAGGGGUUGUGCAGUCUCAUGGGGGGCGAGGGGACUGUAGUAGCUACUCGUCUACCUGUGGCGGAGAUCUGCAUUUGGAGGUCCUGAGGUUUCGUUUCAUACGAGAAGUUGAACGAGCUGACGAAGACGACGAAAUAUCAAAUGCAAGUAUGUCUGGGCUUGGAAACUUGUGAUGCUACAGUGUCGAUGAUGGAAACAUGUCCGAAUGCAGCCAAGCAUGACAACUUUUCAGAACGGUUUCUCACGCAUACCCCGUAUGAGAAACUGCGUUUUUGAUUGACAAAAGAGGCUGCGGGCUUUGGUGGUCAUGCAAUACAGAUUUCACAGAAAAUGAAGGCCAGCAUUACAUACAAGUUCCAGUGAGUCUUCCCCAGGCCUAGACAUAUUUGCCACGCAUACCAUCAAGGACUACUGUGCGAGCUUCACGGAAAUAUUCGUGAAAAUCUAUCACAUUGAGAGACGUUCCUGCGCACAGAAUUUGGAAAUGUUUGCGUUGCAAUGCUAUGCCCAAGUGGAGACUCUGCCCAUCUUGCUGCGCAGCAAGAAGCGGAAACUUUCGAUGCAGGAUUGGGCAGAUUCGUGCUGCAAUCGAAACAAUGUCUCAGCAAGAGCACUGCCUGUCAUGCGGGGGCUGCUUUUCUAACGAACGGAAAUGGACUAACGUGGCUGCGUUUUGUCCUUUCAUGUGAGAACACAUAAAAGGGUUCCUUUGGAAAACUUUGUAACGCAAGCAUUUGCAUCUUCUGGGGGCAGGGCGUUUUUCAUUUUGAUAAGAACCGCAACGCGAAGCGGGACUAUCGGUUGAAGGCGAACCUGGCAAAAGGUGCAGCGUUUCUUGACACUUUUGCCACUUGUCAUGCGAACUAAGUAGAAGAAUGCAAUUACCUUGAUAGAAGAGUCGGUUGAAAAAAUCAUUGAAGCGCUCAAAAUUAUUAAGAAACCAAUACAACAAAAAUUAGCGGAGGAGAAUCCGCCGAGCAAGACGUGGGGAAACCCACGCAUGGAAGAGGGCGCGUUGUCCUAUCCGCAAGAAAGUCCUGGACUCGAUUGCAGCUGGCACGUCAGUGCCUUACUGUGCAUUCUAUAUUGCGAUGUUUGUAGAUCUAGGUGGCGUUGCGAGAGUGUUUCUUGGUAA